UCCCUUCAGGCGUCACACCAACAAGAUGAACUCAAAAGUGGGCGUGUUCAUUCUCCUGCUGUGUGUGACGGGCAUCUGUGUGUUUUGGAGAGCAGAAACCCCAUCGUACCCACCGCCUCGGGAGGAGAGACCCUGCGCCUUUGACCGAUGUUUACGUGAAAAUGGGACGUUGUUUCUGCAGCGUUUUGACAAAUUUGAUGAACCAUUUUUGUCAGCUAACCACAAUCUCUCAGAGGAGGCGUUCAACUGGUGGAGGCGCUUACGGUCUAACAAUCCCACCUUCAGUUCCUACAUCGAGGUUGUGAAAAAGAUUUUUCAGAAGUUCCCAAAAACCCCUGAACUUGAACCACCCAGCCCCGACCGCUGCAGGACUUGUGCUCUGGUGGGGAAUUCUGCUAAUUUGAACGGAUCACAUUACGGACCUCUCAUAGAUUUCCAGGACUUCGUCAUAAGAAUUAACAACGCUCCUAUGAAAGGCUAUGAAAAAGAUGUUGGGACCAGAACAACUCAUCAUGUCAUGUAUCCAGAGAGUUCUGUGAAUUUAGAUGACACCACACAUCUGCUGCUGUUUGCAUUUAAGAUGCGCGAUCUUGUGUGGAUUACAAAGUACAUUAACUCGGGCAUAAGAAGAGGACGCACGUUCAACACGGACCUGAUGAGCAUCGUUAAUCCAGCUUUUAUUAAGUUUGUUCAUCAAGUGUGGCUCAAGAAGAAGGGCUAUUAUCCAUCCACUGGCUUCCUGGCUUUGAUUCUUACUCUGCAUCUUUGUGACGAGGUCCAUUUGUUCGGCUUUGGAGCCGACAGUGAGGGACAGUGGCGUCAUUACUGGGAAGAACUCAGAAACAAACUAUUUAAAACUGGAGUGCAUGCUGGAAAUGUAGAGUUUGCAAUGAUCAAGGAGCUUUCUCAGAAUCAAAUAAUCAAGUAUUAUGGGGGCUAUUGAUCUUUCUCCCAGCGUUUAACGUAUUUAAGCCUCGAUACUGAAUCACAUCCAGAGCCUCUCUCCUCAGACUCACCAUCCUGCUGCACAGUUAACCCAACAGCUCUUCUGUUCUGCUGCCUCCAUGUUUUUACAUUACUGAAGUAGUGAGGUCAGGGGAAAUGAAUGUAAAGUUAAUUAAACAUUUUACAAAACACAGAGCAUCAAUUAUUUCCAGAAACGUUUACAUCUUUUCACUGUUUUUGAUGUCUUCAUGAAAAAUUGCCUUUAUAAAGUUCUUGGUAGUAGAAAUACAUGAAGCUACAUAGUUUAAACAGAACAUUUUAUUUUUGGACAUGAAAUAUACAUUUAAAUUCAUGAGCUGAACAUUUUUAAGCAGUGGUGGAUUGCUAUUGAUGGUAGAAAUCUCUGUGUACUAUGUAUAUGAUAUAUAUUUAUAACUUCACGAAAAUGACAACAAUGUUCUUUAACUGAAGUAGACUAUAUGGAAAUAAAAUGCCAAAAUGUAUUCAUGUUUACGUGGAACAAAACAGGUUGGGGUUAUGGUGAAGUACACUCGACCUUAUUAAAUGUAAUGAAUUGAAU